GCCGGCUGCCGAGGAAGAAGAACUGAGAAAAAAGGGCUAGGGUUUAUUAGGAAGUUGACAUAAUAUUAUGUGAUAGGAAAAUAGAAUUUUAGGCAGAGAGGUUAAUCUAAAUGCACCCAUCCUUUAAUUUAUGCGACCCAUCACUCUCAUUCCUUCAACUUUUCUCAAACAGCUAAAGGCCACAAAGCAGCUAAAGCGCACAAGUUGAGCACAAAGAUAAACAUACACAAAUUUACAGCAUGGUAAAAUCUGCAGCAGAUGAAAAGAUUCUCAGCUAUAAUGAUGUUGUUCUUAGGCAAUCAGACUUGGAGAUUCUUAGUGGUCAGCAUUUUCUUAAUGAUCGGAUAAUUGAGUUUUACUUUAGUCAUCUUUCGUCAAGCCACCAGUCAGAAGACGUCCUACUUCUUCCACCUUCGAUUGCCUUUUGGAUUUCAAACUGCCCGGAUACCGAGAGCCUAAAAGAUUUCCUCAAACCCCUCAAAUUAGCAGAUAAGAAAUUGGUGAUAUUUCCGGUCAACAACAAUGAUGAUGUUAGUCUUGCUGAGGGCGGAUCACAUUGGAGCUUACUUGUCUAUGACCGAAUUUCCGAUGUCUUUGUUCAUCACGAUAGCUUCUCGGGGAUAAAUGGAAGACAUGCUUUGCAACUUUACAAAGCUGUUGCUAGAUAUUUAACCUCCUCCGACGCAACGGUUCAUGCCAAGUAUACAGAACUUACUGAUUCGCCUCAGCAAGUGAAUGGAUGGGAUUGUGGCUUAUACGUCACUGCCACCGCGAGAGCCAUUUGCUACUGGUACAGAAAAUGUGACCUCGAAGACACGGACUCAUUAUGGUUUUCUGAUGUGAAGGUGCAGGUUACUCCAGCUGCUGUUGCUGCCAUGAGAACUGAGAUCUUGUCUCUGAUUAAAAGUCUUAUGGUUCAAUUAAAAAAAAUUGGCGGUGAUGGUAUCGAUUAUAGUGAACAAUUCUUAAGUGGAGAAACGUUUGAAAGUGAUGCAGAAGCUAUUAAGUGGGCAAAAGGAAUAGCUAAACAUAUUGGCUUCGAGUUGAUUAUUUCUUCUCAUAAAAAUGGGGGGAGGCAAAAGAUUCUGAAAUGUGCCCGUGGUGAGCGGUACAGAGGAUCGUCCAGAGAUCUUGAUUCCGCUGCACGAAAGAAUACAAAGACGAAAGCGUGCAAAUGCACUUUCAAGAUUGCGGUAAAAUUGUUUGGCAGUGGAUGGAUUAUCGUUGCAAAUGCUGGGAUUACGAGUAUGCACAAUCAUGCGUUUGAGGGUCAGAUGAGUAGACUAAGUCAUGCAUCCAAACUGAUAGUGCGGGAUAUGAGUGCAGCACAAGUUAAGCCGUGUGCUAUUUUGGCGGCCUUGAAAGAAAAAAAUCCGUCAGACAACCCUACUAUAAGACAAGUGUACAACCAUAGAGAUUAUUUGAGGAAGUCUAGUUUUGAGGGUAGAGAUGUGGUGGACACAUUCGAACAGGCAGGUUGUGCUGAUAAGUCAGAGGAUCACCAGUAUUUUCGAGAGAUUGUUGAGGAGGUGAUGGCUCAGGAUCGCUCUGUGGUGCGCAGUAUAUCUCUUAUGAUCCGCGAUCACCUUCACCAAGAAGAAUCAAGUUAUAGUGAACCCGGAGUGAAAACCAUAGUCAGAGAUAGACCAAAGGGGAGUUCAUCUACCAAGCCGAGUGCUUGGGAGUACAAUCAGAGGGUUCUUGGCCGGUCAUCCCAGGGUCGGGUUCACACCGCUCCUACAUCUGAUAAACAUACACAAAUUUACGGUAUGGUGAAAUCUGCUGCAGACGAAAAGAUUCUCAGCUAUAAUGAUGUUGUUCUUAGGCAAUCAGAUUUGGAGAUUCUUAGUGGUCGACAUUUUCUUAAUGAUCGGAUAAUUGAGUUUUACUUUAGUUAUCUUUCGUCGAGCCACCCGUCAGAGGACGUCCUACUUCUUCCACCUUCGAUUGCCUUUUGGAUUUCAAACUGCCCGGAUACUGAGUGUCUAAAAGAUUUCCUCAAACCCCUCAAAUUAGCAGAUAAGAAACUGGUGAUAUUUCCGGUCAACGACAAUGAUGAUGUGAAUCUUGCUGAGGGUGGAUCACAUUGGAGCUUACUUGUCUAUGACAGAAAUUCCGAUGUCUUUGUUCAUCACGAUAGCUUCUCGGGGACAAACGGAAGACAUGCUUUGCGACUUUACGAAGCUGUUGCUAGAUAUUUAGCCUCCUCGGAUGCAACGGUUCAUGCCAAGUAUAUGGAACAUACUGAUUCGCCUCAGCAAUUGAAUGGAUGGGAUUGUGGCUUAUACGUCACUGCCACCACGAGAGCCAUUUGUUUCUGGUACGGAAAACGUGAACGCGAAGACACGACUUCAUUAUGGUUUUCUGAUGUGAAGGCGCAGGUUACCCCAGCUGCUGUUGCUGCAAUGCGAACUGAGAUUUUAUCUCUUAUUAGAAGUCUUAUGUCAUGGCAGCCAAGAGUAAACAGAGAGGAAGCAACUGUUGAACCAUGUGAGACGACCGUCGGCAGUGAGACCGGCAAUAGCAACGUCGAUUUGGUCAUCGACUUUGAAAAUCUUCUUUUGGAGAGACGAGAGCUCAGAAUUAGCCCUAUUAACGCACGCGAGAACCACGUGAGUCUUAUAUCGGAGUCCAAUUGCCGAUGAGCCUUGCUUUACGGCCUCCAUGACAUACUCUACCUAAAAUAGCCGUCCGGCGGGGCUCCGAUUUGGUUUCCGGUUGGGGUUGUUCUAUUCUUUGUUGUGCCUGGAUUCUUGAGUUUUGUUGGGUUCAUUGUGGAGAUUUGUGGUAUAUUGUCGUGAUUGUAUAGAUAGAAUCAAUGUUCAGCUUGCACUCUAGGUGUUUGAAGAAAUGCUUAUGAGAAUUGUAAUGUUUUUGGGUGUUGGAUAACUGAUGGUUACCACUGGGUAAACUGUUGGGUAACUUUGUAAUAAAUUUUAUUUUCAAUAUAUUAUAAAUAAAAUCGUUAGUUAA